GAAUAUGGGAAAUGUUUUACCAGGAAAGCAAAUGUUUUAAGACAUCAGAAAAUUGGAACAGGAGAGAAAGCAUUUUCUUGUUCUGAAUGUGAGAAGUGGUUUAGUCAGAAAUCAAAUUUUAUUAGACAUCAGAAAAUUCAUACAGGAGAGAAAGCAUUCUCAUGUUCUGAAUGUGGGAAAUGUUUUAGUCAGAAAUCACAUCUUAUCAGGCAUCAGAAAAUUCAUACAGGAGAGAAAGCAUUUUCAUGUUCUGAAUGUGGGAAAUGUUUUACCAGGAAAUCACAUCUUUUUGACCAUCAGAAAAUUCAUACAGGAGAGAAAGCAUUUUCAUGUUCUGAAUGUGGAAAGUUUUUUACUUCAAAAUCAACUCUCGUUAACCAUCAGAAAAUUCAUACAGGAGAGAAAGCAUUUUCAUGUUCUGAAUGUGGGAAAUGGUUUACUCUGAAAUCACAUCUUAUUGGCCAUCAGAAAAUUCAUACAGGAGAGAAAGCAUUUUCAUGUUCUGAAUGUAAGAAGUGUUUUACUGAAAAAUCAACUCUUAUUAAACAUCAGAAAAUUCAUACAGGAGAGAAAGCAUUUUCAUGUUCUGAAUGUGGGAAAUGUUUUAGUCAGAAAUCACAUCUUAUCGGGCAUCAGAAAAUUCAUACAGGAGAGAAAGCAUUUUCAUGUUCUGAAUGUGGGAAAUGUUUUACCAGGAAAUCACAUCUUUUUGACCAUCAGAAAAUUCAUACAGGAGAGAAAGCAUUUUCAUGUUCUGAAUGUGGAAAGUUUUUUACUUCCAAAUCAACUCUCAUUAACCAUCAGAAAAUUCAUACAGGAGAGAAAGCAUUUUCAUGUUCUGAAUGUGGGAAAUGUUUUACUCUGAAAUCACAUCUUAAUGGCCAUCAGAAAAUUCAUACAGGAGAGAAAGCAUUUUCAUGUUCUGAAUGUAAGAAGUGUUUUACUGAAAAAUCAACUCUUAUUAAACAUCAGAAAAUUCAUACAGGAGAGAAAGCAUUCUCAUGUUCUGAAUGUGGGAAAUGUUUUAGUCAGAAAUCACAUCUUAUCGGACAUCAGAAAAUUCAUACAGGAGAGAAAGCAUUUUCAUGUUCUGAAUGUGGGAAAUGUUUUACCAGGAAAUCACAUCUUUUUGACCAUCAGAAAAUCCAUACAGGAGAGAAAGCAUUUUCAUGUUCUGAAUGUGGGAAAUGUUUUACCAGGAAAACACAUCUUUUUAACCAUCAGAAAAUCCAUACAGGAGAGAAAGCAUUUUCAUGUUCUGAAUGUGGGAUGUUUUUUACUUCCAAAUCAACUCUCAUUAACCAUCAGAAAAUUCAUACAGGAGAGAAAGCAUUUUCAUGUUCUGAAUGUGGGAAAUGUUUUACUCUGAAAUCACAUCUUAUUGGCCAUCAGAAAAUUCAUACAGGAGAGAAAGCAUUUUCAUGUUCUGAAUGUAAGAAGUGUUUUACUGAAAAAUCAACUCUUAUUAAACAUCAGAAAAUUCAUACAGGAGAGAAAGCAUUUUCAUGUUCUGAAUGUGAGAAGUGUUUUACUUGGAAAUCACAUCUUAUUACACAUCAGAAAAUUCAUACAGGAGAGAAAGCAUUUUCAUGUUCUGAAUGUGGGAAAUGUUUUACUCUGAAAUCACAUCUUGCUACACAUUAUAAAAUUCAUACAGGAGAGAAAGCAUUUUCAUGUUCUGAAUGUGAGAAGUGUUUUACUGACAAAUCAACUCUUAUUAAACAUCAGAAAAUUCAUACAGGAGAGAAAGAUUUUUCAUGUCUUGAAUGUGGGAAAUGUUUUAAUCAGAAAUCACAUCUUAUUGGCCAUCAGAAAAUUCAUACAGGAGAGAAAACAUUUUCAUGUUCUGAAUGUGAGAAGUAUUUUACUGACAAAUCAGCUCUUAUUAGACAUCAGAAAAUUCAUACAGGAGAGAAAGCAUUUUCAUGUUCUGAAUGUGGGAAAUGUUUUACUCUGAAAUCACAUCUUAUUGGCCAUCAGAAAAUUCAUACAGGAGAGAAAGCAUUUUCAUGUUCUGAAUGUAAAAAGUGGUUUAUUGAGAAAUCAUCUCUUAUUAAACAUCAGAAAAUUCAUACAGGAAAGAAAGCAUUUGCAUGUUCUGAAUGUGGGAAAUGUUUUAGUCGGAAAUUGCAUCUUAUUGGCCAUCAGAAAAUUCAUACAGGAGAGAAUGCAUCUCUUUCAUGCAGGUAG